UCAAACUCCGCUCCUUCGGGCUGCUGCAUAAACACAUCAAACCAACCCUCUGGUUCCUCCUGCAUGACGCACGGAGCCCAGCCAGUCCGCUCAGCUCAGCUCAGCUCAGCUCCGCUCGGCUCAGCUCAGCUCAGCUCGGAACCGACCAGAGCAACAUGCAGGAUGGCGAGCGUGGAGACAGCCGCGGAACACGAGCGAAUCCUGCGGGAGAUCGAGAGCACAGACACCAACUGUAUCGGGCCGACCCUCCGGUCGGUGUACGACGGUCAGGAACAUGGCCUGUUCAUGGACAAACUGGACGCUCGGAUCAGGAACCACGACAGAGAGAUCGAGAAGAUGUGUAACCAUCACUUCCAGGGGUUCGUCGACUCCAUCACAGAGCUGCUCAAAGUGCGAGGAGAGGCGCAGAAACUGAAGAGUCAGGUGAUUGAGACCAACAAGUGUCUUCAGGAUGAUGGCAAAGACCUCAUGAGCUCUAUGGAGGAUCUGAAACAGUGUCGAGUGCAACAGAGAAACAUCGCCACCACCAUAGACAAACUGACACACUGCCUACCAGUCCUGGAGAUGUACAGCAGACUUCAGGAGCAAAUGAGGGCAAAAAGGUACUACCCUGCGUUGCGGACGUUGGAGCAGCUGGAGCAUACGUGUCUUCCCAAGGCGGGUCAGUACCGCUUCUGCUCCAUCAUGGCAGAAAACAUCCCCAAACUGAGGACACAGAUCCGGGACACGGCCAUGACGCAGCUGAGAGACUUCUUAGAGAGCAUCCGGAAACACUCGGACAAGAUAGGAGAGACCGCCAUCAAACAGGCCCAGCUACAGCGCUCGUUGGACAGCUCCGUCUCUACGCAGCCGAGGGCCCUGAUUGGCCGACGCCCCAGGAAAGAGGCGGCGGCGGCGGCGGCGGCGGGGGCGACGCAGCAGAGCGACGGGCAGGGUGGCAGUCCAUUGUCGGAACAGGACUCUGGCAUUCUGGAUGUGGAGGACGAAGAAGAGGAUGAAGAAGUCCCAGGAGCUCAGGACUUGGUGGAUUUCUCUCCAGUUUACCGCUGUCUGCAUAUCUACACUGUGCUGGGUUUGCGUGAUGUGUUUGAGAACUACUACAGAAAGCAGAGGAGGAAACAAGCUCGCCUCGUACUGCAGCCUCACUCUAACAUGCAUGAAACUCUGGAGGGAUACCGGCGGUACUUCAAUCAGAUUGUCGGAUUCUUUGUUGUGGAGGAUCACAUCCUUCACACCACACAGGGUUUGGUCAACAGAGCGUACGUAGAGGAGCUUUGGGAGUUGGCGCUGUCCAAAAUCAUCGCCGCUCUGAGGACGCACUCUUCGUACUGUGACGACCCUGACCUGGUGCUGGAUCUGAAGAACCUCAUUGUCCUUUUUGCUGAUACACUGCAGGGUUAUGGUUUCCCGGUGUCACAGCUGUUCGAUAUGCUGCUGGAGAUGAGGGAGCAGUACGGAGAAAUCCUGCUUAAGAAAUGGAACAUCACCUUCAGGCAGGUGUUGGACCAGGACAACUACAGUCCGAUCCCAGUCUCAACAGAGCAGGAGUACAAACACUACACUUCCCAGUUUCCCCUGCAAGACCCUGAACUGGACAAGCUUCCUUUCCCCAAGAAGCUUCCCUUCUCUGAGUUUGUGCCAAAAGUCUACUGCCAGCUCAAAGAGUUCAUCUACGCUUGUCUGAAAUACUCUGAAGACCUGCAUCUCAGCUCCACAGAGGUAGACGAUAUGAUCCGCAAGUCGACAAAUCUGUUGUUGACCAGAACCCUGAGCCACUGUCUGCAGUAUGCCAUUAAGAAGAAGAAUGUCGGCCUGGCAGAGCUGGUGCAGGUGAUCAUUAACACCACCCACCUGGAGCAGAGCUGCCACUUCCUGGAGGAGUUUAUAUCAAACAUCACCAACGUUCCUCCCGACACGGUAAACGCUACCAAGCUGUACGGCACCUCCACCUUUAAGGACGCUCGUCACGCGGCCGAGGCGGAGAUCUACACCAGCCUGAACGCCAAGAUCGACCAGUUCCUGCAGCUGGCUGAUUACGAUUGGAUGGCGGCGGUGCAGACGGGCGGGACUCCUACCGCCAGCGACUACCUGAUCGACCUGAUCGCUUUCCUGAAGAGCACCUUCAGUGUCUUCACCAACCUGCCUGGUAAAGUGGCCCAGACGGCGUGCAUGUCGGCCUGUAAACACAUCUCAACCUCCCUGAUGCAGCUCCUGCUCGACCCGGAGGUCAGACAGAUCUCCAUGGGAGCUCUGCACCAGCUCAACACAGACGUGAAGGAGUGCGAGAGUUUUGCCAGAGCCGGCCCGGUCGCAGGCUUCCAGGGUGACACGUUGCUUCUGGCCUUCAGUGACUUGAGACAAUUGCUGGAACUGUUCACGCAAUGGGAUUGGUCGACCUACCUGGCUGACUACGGCAAACCCACCUGCAAAUACCUGAGAGUCAACCCACACACUGCACUGGCCCUGCUGGAGAAGAUGAGGGAGACGAGCAGGAAGAACAACGUCUUCGCCCAGUUCAGGAAGACGGACAGAGACAGACAGAAACUCAUCGACACCAUCAUCAAACAGCUACGCAACCUCAUCGCACAGCACCACACCUAGAGCGCCGCGUCAGAUCGGCCCGGUCGGCCGGCGGCGGCGGCGACGGGCCUGAAAGCCGACCGUCCGAUUGGCUCGUUUAAAAACCAUCCUCAUCGGUCUGUUCAGCACCUCCGACCCGACCACUGGCUGAUCUAUGCACCUUAACGUCACUGGACUUCCUUCCGACAACCACACCCGUUGGUCACCGUUAACAACCAAUCGAAGGCUGGAACGAGCUCACAAUGUGCAAUCUGAUUGGUUGAUUGAUUUCUGGAAUAAGCGACAUAAUCUUAAAAGGCUGGAGCGUCUUUGAGUGCUGGAGCUAAAACAAGUAUCACUUCCUCCUCCUCCUGCUAACCCACUAAAACACUGCUGCUGGUUAUCUGGUCUCGACUGAAAUGAUCUUUACUGGUUAGUCUGGUUGUGAGACUGAAUGAUCUUUACUGGUUAGUCUGGUUGUGAGACUGAGAGGAUGUUAUAAACUCUCCUACGUCUUUUGAUAGCUUCAGUUUGGAUAUGAACCAAGCGAUCUUACUGGUUUCCUUCAAAAAAAUAACGUCCAUCGAACAAACCGUGAAGAUGAGAUGUAACCAAAUGUGAUGCCGACUCUUCCUGCCAGCUGACAUUAAAGAAUAAAUCUGGUGAUAUUCUGUAUAUUUGUUAUCGUCGACAAAUCCCAUGAAAAGACCAAUAUAUGUUAUUCCUCUUAUCAAUAGAGCUCCAUUGUUGCUGCUGCAGGAAAUACUCAACUGGAGCACCAAAUGUGUAUUAAUCCACAGCUGAAAAUAGUCCCCAACGACACACAGUUUGCUAAAAAACUACAGCUGUCUUAGACAAAUGACUGAGCCUUUUUAAAAAUGAAACUAUAUAUAUAUAUUUCUGACAGUUUUUUUAAAAAGAUCUUCAGGAGGAAUCAGCAGGUUUGAGUCUUUUUUUUAAUGGGAUUUGUCCUUUAAUAAUGAGAAAAAAUAUAGAAUAUCACCAGUUUUAUCCUUAAUUAAACUUGAUUUUGAAGGCAACUGAGAUUUCUGACUUGUGACAAACAAGCAAAUAAUAGCAUCGUUAGUUAUAUUAUAAGAUUUAAUCAUGUAGUACCAGACGAUAAAAGUACGUAAGUGUCAUUACGGAGCAAGAAUAGUGAGGAUAUAAGUAAUGAAAACCACAUUAUGAAUAAUACGUCUACGCAGUUUUUCUUGUUUUAUGUUUCUAAGAAAUCUUCCGGCGUCCGUGAGGAGUUUGUUGCUCAACGUGUUGCUUCAGUCGCUGGACGCUAUCAGGCCUCGUCAUAAGAUGCGUUUGUAGGUCUGCACGGUGGGAAAACAGGCUCAUAUUUUUAUAGUCCGUAGCUGGUGAGUAACAAUAGAUUAUAAUGGGAAUUAUGGGAAUUGUGUGCGUGAACCUAAUGUGAGUUAUUUUUCCAGAGAACUUGCGUUUUUAUUCUUCCAGCUUUCUCUGUUUCUCAACCUUUUUUUUUAAUGUCUUCCACAUUGCUCUCCCUCUCACUGAGGCACAAUAACAGAACGAAUUGAAUGUACAUCAGAUAGAGAGAGAGAGCGAGAGCGAGGUCGUCUUCCGUGGCGGGAGGGAUGUCAUUUUAGGUUGUAGAUGUUGUAAAUCGAGUCCGCGGAUAUCAGCGGGGCGAACAAACAUAACGAUGCAACAUGGCAACCCGUUUCCCCUCCUCUCACUUCAACCUGCGAACACUUGAACGGGCGACUCUGAUGCUCAGAUCUGGCAACCUUAUUCUUUCUUCCCCCCUAACAGCACAGUGAGUGUUUUUAUAAAAAGGGAGGGAUGGGGUCCAAAACAUGGCAACCCAACCCUCCUCUCAGUAAAACUUGAUUUUCUUGUAUAAAGAACUGGGUCUUAAAGAAGGGGGAUGUGAUGCCCCCCCCUUGAUCUGGCAGCCGCUAUAAAAAGUGUAUGACUAGAAAGAGACAGAAAAACCAUCGUACUAAUGCCGAACACACAACACGUAUAUGUCUUCCAUAUGCCAAGCUGUCGUUUGGGUCUGAAUGUGUGUCAUUUGUUUAGAUAAAGCACAG